AUGAGCCGGCAGCAGCAGCGCGGGCAGCUAGCCCCUGCAGCAGGAGACGCCCCAAUAGACCACGACGCAGCGGCAGCAGCAGCAUCGCCAGCAGCAGCAGCAGCAGCAGCAAGUCUCCGCGGCUGCGACUGCCCCGAGCUCCGGGGCCCCCGGGGGGCCCCCCCGCUGCCCCCAGAGGAGGUGUGGACUUCUCUUUUCAUUGCAAGUCCUGAGGAGCUCGAGGCCCACUCCUUCCCAGAAGCAGCAGCAGCAGCAGCAGGUGAGCCUGCAGCAGCAGCAGCGAGGCAUGCCGUGGCCGCGAGCUCCGUGCGGCUAGACCACGAGGGCGAUUUGCUGCAGCCAGUGCCCGCCACCUUCUUCCUAAGCCCCAACCCAUUCAGCAGCAGCAGCAGCAACAGCAACAGCAACAGCAGCAGGAGCAGCAGAGACGCGAGCGCAGCAGCCACUCGACCCUCUUCACCGCAGCAGCAGCUACGGGGGGCCCCCGGGGGCCCCCCAGAGAGCUCUUUGAGGCGGCCAGGGGGCCUCUUCGUCUCAGCCGUGAAAACCAGUCGAGCAGCAGCAGCAGCAGCAGCAAAAGCAACAGCAGCAGCAGCAAGUGGUGGGGCCCCAAAGGCGCAACAAGGGGGGAGCCACGGUGGCCCCCGGAGGGAGCAGCAGGGGGCCCCCAGGGCCCCUGAGGGGCUUCUGGGGCUGCUGUGGGGAGAGCAGCAGCAGCCUAACUGCAACAGCAACGCCAGCAAACAAAGCAGCAGCAGCAGUAGCAGCAUCAGCAAGAACUGGCCUCCUGUCGCCGCCGCAGGCGACACAAGACCCACAGGGGGGCCCUGGGGAAACCCCUUUGGGGGCCCCAAUUUGAAGUUCUCUAGGGGGCCCCAGGGGGCCCCCUUGGCUUCACCUUCGACGGAAGAAGUUGCUGCUGCUGCUGCUGCUGCUGCCAGAACUCCCAGCCCGAAGCAUAUCCCUAAGUUGCUUGACCAGCAGCAGCAGCAGCAGCAGCAGCAGCAGCCGAGCAAGUCCCCGGGAAGGGAAGUCCGGAUGCGUGCUGCAGCAGCAGCAGUGCCGCGAGCUGCGGGCGAUGCAGCAGCAGCA